CGCCGCCAAAUUCGAAGAUCGAACUUUUCCAAAACAAUAUACCUCAACAAUGGCCAGAUCGAAGCAAGUCACAAAGAAGGUCGAAAAGAAGGUCGAUGCGCCUCUCACCACCAAGAAGCAAAAUGAGACCCCCUACCAGCUGGAUCCGGCGCAAGUUGAGCGAGCGGCGAAUGCGCUUGUUGCACACAUGAAGAAGCACAAGGAGGAGAAGGAGACCGUCGGCACCAAGGACCUGAUGGCUGACGAGGACGAGGCUGAGGAGAACGAUCAGCCUAUCUUCCUCAGCAUCUCCACCAAGAAGCACGUCAGCAACAGCAACAGCCUGAAGCCUACGAAGAUCGUCCUGCCUCACCCCAUCAUUGCGAGCGAUGCCAAGAUCUGUAUCUUCACCAAAGACCCACAGCGCGCAUACAAGGACCUAGUCGCCUCGGACGCAUUUCCUGCCACACUCCGCGAACGAGUCGGUCGUGUGAUCGGCAUCGAGAAGCUGAAGAAGAAGUUUAAGUCGUUCGAGCAGAAGCGCGCUCUCCUUGCAGACUACGAUAUCUUCAUGGUGGAUGACCGUGUCAUCAAGAUUGUCGCCGACUUCCUCGGCAAGAUCUUCUACAGCAGCAAGGCGAAGCGUCCGAUCCCAAUCAGGCUGACUGCCGGCGCAUUUGUUCACAAGACCGCGAAGAAGGACAAGGAGCCUCAGAACGUGGUCGGCACAGCACAGGGCAUCGCAAAGGAGAUUGAGACUGCGCUGCAAUCGACAUACCUCAGCAUGAGCGCUUCUGCCAACACCUCGAUCAAGAUCGCCAACCUCUCUCAGUCCGGCGCACAGAUCAAGGAGAACACCGAGGCCGUCAUCGCCGCCAUCAUUCCCAAGCAUAUCGAGCAGGGCUGGCGAAACGUUCGCAGCUUGCACAUCAAGGGCCCUGCAACCAAGGCUCUGCCCAUCUGGCUCGCGGACGAGCUGUGGGUCGACGACUCGCAGGUGCUGGAUGAGCCGUUCCAGAAGAAGAGCAUUGGCGAGGGCAAGACUGCACAGACCAAGCGCAAGUGGGAGGAGUGGGAGGACGAGCUGCUCGACGAGACCGAGCUGGCAGAGAAGAAGGCUAAGAGGGAAGCCAAGAAGGCGAAGAAGGCCGCACCUGCGAAGAAGAGCUCGUUGAGCAAGGAAAAGAAGAAAGCCCUGAAGGCGGAUGCGCUUUCGUCGGUACAGACACCGCUGAUUGCAUGAGCUGUGAAGAUAUGAGUAUUUGCAUAGGACGGCGCAUCGGCGUUAGGGGGCUCAAAAAUAUGUUGCAUGUUGGGCAGAAUACCAUUGUGAAUCCAAAGAUCAUUUUCUGCAUUCGAUCACAUGCAUACUACAACGACAACACCUGUAGGUUUUCCAAAAUACUUGUCGUCGAUUCCUCCAGUGCGUCGAAGUGUAAUGUGCAAGUUUGAGGCGAUUUGGAAACGUGGAGCGUUUGCAACUAUGUGAACGAAAUUUGGCAGCUCUUCUGAUCGACUUGGUCUGUCUCAUGCUUCAUUUAGAUAUCAGUACGCCAGCUUAAAGUCUUCACGCGUUCGUCGAAGGUAUUGA